GUAUUAGAUCGUUCAUGCAAGCUGUGUCUUCAUCGAGGCUCAUCGACAUUGGAAGCAAAAGAUGUCAACUUUGUUUUGGAGCAAUAUUAUAAAAUGCCGAAAAUGGUGAAAACGACCGAUGUAAAUGACUUGGUAAAAACUGAAGGCAAUAUGGACGGUGGUUCGGCUGUAUCACGAAAUGCUGAUCUCAGUGCACACAAUCAACGCUUGGCACUCAUCAAGAAAACACUCAAAAAGCCGUAG